CAGUCACACGUAGACAUUUUUCGACCAGUGCCUCACCGACUUGAAUGAGCUGCGCGAAUAACAGCAAUAACUCCAUGCCCACGGUGACGUCGACCGUAUCGACGGUUCAAUCUCUCAUAUUGUGGCUGGAGAAAUCUUUGUAGAUGUGCAUUCAGAGACUGUAUAGGAGGAAGAGCACAUGUAAAGAUAUGGCAGAAUGCACCUUUGAGACAUACAUGUAGCAUCUGUUGUAUUUGAUGGACCUUUAUAUGAAAACUAGGUAGACUUGUGGCUGUUCAGAAAUCUUUGCCCACUGUCCCAUCUCCUGUAAAUAUAGUUGUAGGUGCCCUUGAAACAGAUCUGCCUGUUCUAGUGAUCUUUAUAGGUUAAUUUCACAGUACCCUGUUUUAUUCCUCUAGUAUGACAGUCCUCCAGUGUUACAGUCCUGGCCUUUGAUUCCUGAGCAGCCACAGAACUUAUUUUCCCAAAUCUCUCCUUAUUUUGUAAGCCAGGACUGUCAGGACUGUCUACCCCCUUCCAAAUUAAGAUAUAUAUAAAGAUUUAUAGAAUCUGCCCCUCACAAUUCGAUCUUAAGUUAAUCCUCAAUUAAUCACCAUGGCUGCUACACAAGGGAUCAGAAGCACCAAGACAUACAUCUGGUACCUUAAAGAUGUUCUAGGAACUGGGGCCACUAGCUCAGUUUACCUGGGCCGUCACAAGAAAAAUGGGGAUGUCGUUGCUGUGAAGAUGUUCAACCAUUUGAGUUACAUGCGUCCUCGUGAUGUUCAACAGAGAGAGUUUGAAGUCCUUCUUAAAUUAAACCACAAAAAUAUCAUCCAUCUGGACCAGAUUGAAGAAGAUCAAAUCUCGAAGCAGCCUGUCAUCGUAAUGGAACUAUGUACAGGUGGAAGUCUUUAUACCUAUCUUGACACACCUGAAAACCUGUAUGGCUUGAAAGAGAAGGAAUUCCUUCAAGUUCUUAAUGAUGUCUCUGCAGGCAUGAAGCAUCUACGGGAUAAAGGCAUCGUCCAUCGCGACAUCAAACCUGGUAACAUCAUGAUGGUCAAGGGCGAGGAUGGAGUCAUUGUCUAUAAGCUGGCUGACUUCGGAGCAGCAAGGGAACUAGAAGAUGAUGAAGCCUUCAAGUCUCUCUACGGAACAGAGGAAUAUCUGCAUCCAGACCUGUAUGAGAGAGCUGUACUGGGCAAAAGAAACAGGACAGAGUUCACAGCGCAGACUGACCUUUGGUCACUUGGAGUGACCUUUUUUCAUACUGCCACAGGGUCACUUCCUUUCCGCGCCCAUGGAGGACGAAACAACAGAGAUGUCAUGCAUAGGAUCACGACCACCAAGAAAUCCAGUAUGAUUUCUGGUGUCCAGGAAGUCCCUAACGGACCUAUCAUCUGGAGCGAGGACCUACCAAAGACCUGUCACUUCUCACCAGACAUGCGUCAUCAGGUCAAGACUCUCCUCUCACACACCAUGGAGUGCAACAUACAGAAGAUGUGGACCUUCGACAUCUUCUUUGACUUUGUCCAGAGGCUGACCAGCAUGCGUCCUGUGGAUGUCUUUGUCGCCCCUACCUGUGAAUGUCAUAUCGUCUACGUUGAGCCGCAGCGUAAGGUAGCCGACUUUCAGGAUAAGAUGGCCCAUCUGACAGGAAUCCAACCUGAAACUCAGUCUUUGUUGUGGGACAAGGAAGUCUUUGAUCUUAAAAAGUGCCUCAAGUGUGAGGAUCUCCCGCAGACGUCACCUGACAAUCCCUUGAUCCUGGUCAGAAUGGGAGCUGAAGUUUUUCCGAGUGUCAAGGUUCCAUCGCUACCGACACAACCGAAAACAGCAACUCAUUUCUCUGUGCAACAGGACAGCACCUUAGCCAAGAAUUGUUCAGCAGUAAUGUGCUAUUACGUGAAUGUGGUGGGUUCGCUGGCAAGGAUAGAAACUCUCAUUACUCAAACUGUCAAAGCAGUCGUUGUGGUGUUACGUAUGGACUACAUGAAGCUCCGUAGCGAGCAUUCUGCUGUGAAGUCUUUCUGUCUUCAGGCAGACUGUAGAUGGAGAGCCCUUGAGAGGUCGCUAACUCUGCUCGUAUUAACGGGCGUAGAUGGGGCUAGUCUUGAUGAGAUCAAACUCCGUAUCAUCAAGUGCAAGGAAAGAUUGUAUGAGUUGAACAAGGUUUGUGAUCAUGUGGAGUCAUCUCUGGAUGCAGUAGAAAAAACAGCCAUCAAAGACGAUUAUCUGUCAUCUCAAUGGGAAGGAAUUAGACAACAGCUUGUUCUACCAGUUGAAAAGAUUGGGCGAUUGAAGGUUCUGUGCGAGGAAGGACUGUCGACGUACAAACAUUUCAAGAGAGACAAGCAGACCAAACAACUUUCCUACAACGAAGAACAAAUCCAUAGAAUGGACAAGGAAAAAUUGGCUAAAAAAAUGGUGAAUGCCAAAAAGAUCUUUGACGAGUUGUUUGAAAUCCUCAAGAGUCUUCAUCACAACUUUGGUACCUGGCACGGAACCGGCAGCGAAACACGUAAGUUCCAGGACCAGUUGACCAGUGCAAUGUACAGACUGCCGGAUCUUCCACAUAAUUAUAAGAAGGUCUUAAAUGAACUCAGCAAGAUUGAGGACAAGGUGAAUGAAUUGGUGAGAAGUAAGAGCGGUACAGCACCUGUCAGUCAACCGCCAACUGCUCCUAAGGAAACGACAGAGGUCACAACAAGCAUCACACCUAGCUUUCCACAGACUUCUGGCUUUUCAAGGGUGAGGUAUGGAGGAGCUGACUACAGGACAGAUAGUUUGAUGUCAUCUGUACAGCAGCUUAUCCAAGACCUGCCUCUGGACAGUCUGGGAAUGGUCCCGGUGCCAAGGGCUGUUAAAGAAUCGUUGCAGCAGUAUGAAGACAGUCUGAACACCUUCAAAGUACAGCUAGAGUGUGGAAAUGGCUCCCUCUCCAGGAACUUUGCGGACAACCGUCUUACCUAAAGUACCGUAAGAGUGUGAGGGUCUUUCAAAUUGAAAAGAAUAGUUGCUUCCAAUCUGGAUGAGCAUUAGGCAAAGGGCAAAAUAUGAUGCUGUCAGAAUUGAAGUUGGUAGUCUUUGAUUGUUGCAUCUAUGGUAGGCAGAAUUGUGGUGAUGUAUAGAUCAGAGAGAAUACCUUAGUGGAACAGUUUUGUUUGUGUAUGAGUUCAUUUGAGUACGAGUUGCUGGUGAAAUGGGAAUACGUUAUUCCCAAUCGGUGGGACCUGGGAAUAGAAUUUAAGGACAUAGUCUGCAGCUCUCUUAGACAUUUGAGGACUGAAAAUUAAGGAGUCACUGAAAUAAGGGUAUGAAGGCUUUUCUCUGGAAAAUGAAGAAAAUGGUUGCAUUCAGUCUAUUAUACUGCCUGCGUAUAUGCAUGAAAAGAACAAAUGAAAAGAGUUUGUGAGGACAGAUGUUAAAGGUCAUAGGCCGAGGCAUAUUUAGAGAUCCAUUUGCAUUUAUCUUUUUGUAACAAUUACACUUUAUCCGUAUAUUUGUAUCAUAUUACCGAUAACAUAUGAACAGUUACUUAUUCUAUAUAAAUACAUUUUGUUUUAUUACAGCAAGAAGGUUGUUAAAUCUAUGUAAAACUACACAUAUUUUCAUUUCAUUUCAUUUAUUAAUUUCCACAUUCAAAGAUAAAAACGAGAAAAUGCAACUUAAUAUAUAAUAAUACAUGAUAUACAAAUUACAGAGAAACAACAAUAUAUACGGAAAACAUUCAACGAUUAAACAAAAGAACAUUUGAAAAGGAGAAGGUAAAAACUACAUGUGCACUUUGAUAUUUGAAUAUGGGGGAGGGGGGGGGGGUUCACCAAAAGCCCCAAAAGGCUUAUCUGGGGCAAUCCCAGUGUAAAGUAAUAUUAGGAAAAUCAUGGAGGAGAGAGAGAAAAAGAUACAAAACAAUAAAAAGAAAGUUCACAUGCAUGACCUGAGGUUUUAAGUGUUUUUGCACAGCAAAUAGGAUUUAUAUUUCUUUUUGAAAUUUAACAAUGUUGGACACAACUUCAAAUCGUUUGGGACAGCAUUCCGCCCUUUCGUUCCAAUAAAAUGUUAUAGUGUUUCUUGACAAUUUUUUUUUAAACAGUGGCAAGCGAUAUUCCCCUGCAUUCAUAAAUUAUACUAAUGAAAUGUACAAUUCAAAUUAAAAAUAUGAUUAAAUUUGGGCAGAAGUGUAUCUCUAAAUAUGAAUACAUAAAUAUAGCAACUUGCAACCGAUUCAUUUGAUAAAUAUUUAAAAUUUUCAUUUGACUAAAAAGAGGAGUGCUAUGGCACAUUAUUUUUAAUGCCUGUUUUUGAAGUAUAAACAAUCUAUAGCUUGUUGUUAUUGCACAAUUUCCCCAUACUAUGUUGUAAUAUGAAAAAUAUGAAAUAAGAAUAUUAUACAAUAUUAAAGAUACCUUCAGUGGAAAAAUGUUUUUACAUGAUAUAUAAUUUACAUGCUCCUUCCAUGAUAAUUUUGGAUCAAUUGUCGCACCAAGAAACUUUGUCUGGUCAACCUUUUGUAUUUCGUUAUCACCAAUUAAUAACAGCAGCAAAGAAUCAUCCAGAAACAAGCUUUUAGGUUUGAAAAUCAUGUAACAGGUUUUUUCCAUAUUAGUUUUCAAACAGCUAAAGCUAAACCACAUUUCAGCAUUUUUUAGUUCAGUUAAUUACAUUAUUCAGUUCUAAUACAUUAUUACUUCAAAAAAACAAAUUUGUAUUAUCUGCAAUCAUAAGGGAAAGAAAACGGUCACUGACAUACUGAAAAUUAUUGAUAAAUAACAAAAACAAAAAUGGUCCAAGGACUGAUCCUUGUGGAACACCAUAGGGUAUGUAUUGUUCAUUUAAUGUACACUUUUCAACACAUUUAAAUUGGUUGUGAUUAAAAAGGUAACUUUGGAACCAUUGAAAACAUUUCCUCUUAUUCCAUAGUGUUCUAAUUGAUGUAACAAAAUUCUAUGGUUUAUACAAUCAAAGGCUUUUAAAAGAUCUAUACAAAUUCUGAUUAUACAUUUCUUUUGUUCUAAUACAUUGGCAAGAUUGUGGGUAAAUUCUAAAAGUGUUGUACUUGUUGAAUGACUUUGUUGAAAAACCAAAAUGUCUCUCAUACAUAAUAUUACUUAUCUCAUUGCAAUUCAUAAGUUUAUGGUACAUAAUUUGUUUUCAAACGUCUUUGUGAAUACAGAUAAUCAGGAAAUCAGUCUAUAAUUUAAUACAUUGUAUUUAGCCCCCUUCUCAAACACUAGAACUACUUUUGCCAAUUUCAGUUUGUCAGAAAAUAUUCCAGGUUCUAAUGAAAAUUUAACAAUAUUACACAGUGGUUGUAAAUUGAGUUGAAGCAGGUAGUCUUUUUGUACACCUAAACACUUAUGUCAUCAAAUCCCGGACUCCCAUUUUUUUUCAAACCACUAAAACAAAUUCUGAAAUGUCAGCAAUCGUAAUAGGUGAUAAAAAUACAGAGUGGAUUAUUCUUGUUUUUCAAAAAACACUUAAAAUCUUUAUGUUUUACUUUUAUGAUGUGAAUUGUGAACUGUGAAUCAUUUUAUUGUAUAUGUACAUCAAUGUGUGUACCGGUAGUCAUUUCUUGUUAGUGUGUGUGUGUGCGUGCGUGUGUUUGUGCCGAUAUAUUUGUUUAUACCCCAAGUUAUUUACAGCAUACACUGUUCUACCAAUUUUUGUUUGAAAAUUAGUUAA